AUGUUAUCAGAAGGAACAAAGCAUUUCUUUGACGUCUGGCAUAUUGGGAAAAGUGUACAGAAAGCACUGGAUGCUGCUGCAAAAGAGAGGGACUGUGAGGAUCUGAAGCUGUGGAGGCCUGCCAUUAUCAACCAUCUCUAUUGGACCGCAGCUUCCACCCCUACAGGAGAUCCAGAUGAGAUGCAGGCAAAAUGGCAGAGUAUGAUAAAUCAUGUACAGGACAUACAUGAACACAGCUCUCCAGCAUUUACCAGCUGUGCACAUCCACCGUUGGAAGGAGAGGCAAGAAACAAGGAGUGGCUGGAACCAGGAUCACCAGCAGCCACUAAACUGGAGAGUGUAGCUGCCAGGAAAGCACUGGUAAAGGAUAUUCGACAAUUGUCACCUCAGCAUCAGACAUUCUCCCUGGAGGCCUACCAUUCCCUUAUUCUGCACUUUGCUCCCAAACACACUGGCUUUUCUUUUCUUGGGAUGUACAGCAGACUUCUCUUGGCAGCCCUACAUUUCAAUAGUAAUGGCAACAGAGAUGUAGCGCGUACUAGUGAGGGUGAGGUACGCUACGCUGUUCGCUACCCGCGGUUUCGGAAAGGUGGCUGGGUAGUCCACCCCAUCAAGGAGAAACCAUCUUACGGAUACGCAACAAAUCUUAUGGUCUCUCUGGUAGAGGAAUACUGCAAGUCACCACAGGCCCUACAAGAAAGCAGUGCCGUCUUGUCCUCUGCUGCACCGCCCCCCCCUCACCUCUUCCGUCCAGAAGGUUGCCAAAGAUGAGGCAGUCAGCCUCCAUCUCGCACGACACUCACGUUUUAACAUGUAAUAAAAGA